CUUUGAAGUUAAAGAAAUAGAUUGUAGAUUACGAAGGACAUGAUAUGUUAUUGAAGUGAAAGUUGAAAAACAAACGAAAGGAAAUGUCAAACAGAGCUGUUCCAAAAGAUUUUGUGAAAAAUGUUAUGCAGAAUGGUGUUGGACGCUAUAUUUGUCAACUUCAGCGAAUAACCUUCAGAUUUUGCAAGUCACAUGGUGGAAGUAGGCAUAUGAGGGACUUUAUUGAGAAUCAUUUGCUGGAGUUCACACAGAACAAUCCCGGAGUUGUUGUUUAUUUACAACCAAGACGAAACAGAACACCAUCUAUUGUAGCUGAAUAUUUAAAUGGUGGCAAGCAGAUCCUGGGAAUGACAUCUAAAUUAACCCCUGAAAUUUGUAAGUGGACUGAACACCUGAGAACCAGGUCAGGUGUUCAGAUUGUUAGAAUUAUUAAAAAUAAUCACACUGACACUCCCAGCACACAAGGCAUAUGGCACCCAUUCAUGUUCAAGGAGACUGAAUGGGCAGUGACUAAGUUUCCCAGUGAGAAGUGGUCACCUGUUCUCAAGGUUGGAAAAACAGCUACAGAUUAUGUGCUGGAGGAGCAAUCAGGCCAAUCCCAAAAUGACAUCAAGUUUCGCUGCAUACAUGAAGAUAACAAAUAAUUGUUUCAUGAAAACUUAUUUGUACAUAACUCUGAUAACUAUGUUUUUUGAUGAGAUAUUCAUUAAAAUUUUCCACUAAACU